AUGGGGAAGAUUGACAACACAUCUGUGGAGUUGAAUUCACCCUCCGGGGUGAAGCAGGCAGCCAUUGAGGAAUUCGAGGCAAUUGGCCAAGGAGAUGGGAACACCAAGAAGAUGAAGGAGCUCCCAGACAGAGGUUCUUGGAAGGGCAAAUUUGACUUCCUGCUGUCCUGUGUGGGCUACGCCAUUGGGCUGGGCAAUGUCUGGCGGUUCCCAUAUCUCUGUGGCAAGAAUGGAGGAGGGGCCUUCUUGAUUCCCUAUUUUCUGACACUGGUGUUUGCUGGGAUUCCUCUCUUCCUGCUGGAGACAGCUCUUGGCCAGUAUACCUCUGUUGGCGGAUUGGGGGUCUGGAAAUUAGCGCCUAUGUUCAAAGGAGUGGGCCUGGCUGCUGUGGUUCUCUCGUUCUGGCUGAAUAUCUAUUACAUUGUCAUCAUUGCCUGGGCACUGUACUAUCUUUUCAACUCUUUCACUGCGGAUCUGCCGUGGCAAAGCUGUGGCAAUGCCUGGAACACAGAGAGAUGCUUUUCCAACUACUCCCUCAAUGAUACCACCAACCUGACCAGCGCUGUGACCGAGUUCUGGGAGAGGAACAUGCACCAGAUUUCUGGUGGCCUGGGGGAGCCAGGUAACAUCCGCUGGCCCCUAGCUGGCACUCUCGCUUUAGCAUGGGUUCUGGUCUAUUUCUCAAUCUGGAAAGGAGUAGAGUGGACUGGAAAGGUGGUGUAUUUCUCAGCCACCUACCCUUACUUCAUGUUAAUUAUUCUUUUCUUCCGUGGAGUCACUCUACCGGGAGCCAAGGAGGGAAUUCUCUUUUACAUCACGCCAGACUUCAGCAAACUCUCUAAGUCUGAGGUCUGGAUGGAUGCAGCCACACAGAUCUUUUUCUCCUAUGGACUGGGGUUGGGAUCUCUGAUUGCCCUGGGAAGCUAUAACUCCUUCCAUAACAAUGUAUACAAAGACUCAAUCAUUGUCUGCUGUAUAAAUUCCACCACCAGCAUAUUUGCAGGAUUUGUCAUUUUCUCCAUUGUUGGCUUCAUGGGUCACAUUACCAAGAAGUCAGUCGCUGAGCUGGCAUCUUCAGGUCCAGGACUGGCUUUCCUUGCCUACCCACAGGUUGUCACGCAGCUGCCCAUGUCCCCUCUCUGGUCGAUUCUCUUCUUCUCCAUGUUAAUGAUGUUAGGCCUCGACAGCCAGUUCUGCACUGUGGAGGGGUUUGUCACAGCCCUGUUAGAUGAGUAUCCCUAUCUCCUGAGGGCCAGGAAGAAGCUCUUCAUUGCUGUGGUCUGUCUUAUCUCCUACAUUGUUGGAUUCUCCAACAUCACCCAGGGUGGCAUUUAUGUCUUCAAGCUGUUUGAUUAUUAUUCAGCCAGUGGCAUGUGUCUUCUCUUCCUCGUCUUCUUUGAGACCAUCUCAAUUUCCUGGUGUUAUGGUGUGAACAGAUUUUACAUGAACAUUGAAGAGAUGAUUGGCUACCAACCUUGCAGCUGGUGGAAGCUCUGCUGGGCCUUCUUCACUCCCCUCGUUUGCGUGGGUGUUUUCUUCUUCAGUGUGGUUGAAAUGACCCCUCUGACUCUGGGGAAAUAUGUCUAUCCCACAUGGGGACAGGGCAUCGGCUGGCUCAUGGCUCUGUCUUCCAUGGUGCUGAUUCCGGGCUAUAUGCUGUACUACUUCUUCAUCUCCCAGGGGACCGUCAGGCAGCGUUUUCAGCAGAUGACUCAGCCCACACAAGAAGUGGAUGUUCAGAACAAUGGACUAAAACCGAAGACCUCACUGAAUGGGAGAGUCUCAGAUGCUGCUGUCUAGGCAGAGGGCAGAACCUAUUCAUCCUGCUCCGUAGCUGCUCCCGCCCCUG